CAGAAGAAAUCUCUCGUUUGACCAAAGUGUUUCGUGAAAAGCUUUACAGAAACGGAUUGUGAGUUUUCCACGAUGCGGCAUAAAUUCCUGUAUUCUAUCUUGUUCUUAAUAGUCUUUGCACUGACACAUCAAUCGAUUGAAUCGAAGAAAGUGGUAAUACACGUCCCUUAUCGGGUAAAAAAUGUGAAACAUACACAUACGAUCUAUAAGAUAAUUUCAGAUCAUCAUCAUGGAAAACAUAAAAGUGAUGAAGAUUAUUAUUACGAAGAUUAUUAAAAAUGUGUAUUUUUUUAAGACUUUAUAGAUUAUGUAAUUCAUAAAUAGAGCAAAAAACAGUCAUUAGAUUUUUAUUAACAAUAAGUACAAUGUAUCUAGCGGUUUUUUCAUUUUAUAUUGUGUAGUAAGUGCGUACUAUUACUAUGUUUAUAUUUAUAAAUAAAUGACAUGUAAAUACAAAA